AUUCAUAUCUUGUGCCGAAAUGCAUUUGUCAAAGUCAAACGUUUGGGCUCCAAGAUGGCGGACGAGUCAGCUGUCCUUUAUGUAGUAGCUAUACGUACAUACAACACGUCUUCUAACCUAGAAGAUGCGCUUGAAAAGAUGAAUAGGUCAACAAUUUGAACACUUUUCAUUUAAAAGCUAUUAUGGUACUUUAGUAUUGGGAUUUUCGUCUCGAAAUGAUUUGAGGAAUCUACCAUUAACGGCCGUGAGACGUCCAAUAUAAAUUGGAUAAUUCCUUUCAGCUGUACGCCAUCAACAGCGAUCGAUAAACAACGCAAUCCCAUCCCAGCCAAUAAUUCUGUUGCCAGGUAGCCGACGAUCGAUUAUCCACGGCUAACAAUUGAAAUAACGUACGGGGUAAUAGUUGUGCUCGAUCUCCCGGACACUCCCGUCGGAGAAUGUCGAACGCGACAUACGACGAGCUUUGGAGAGCGGCCCAAGUGUCGCUCGCGGAGACGAUACAGGCGGACACGGUGCUUCAGGGUGCAAAGCCCCAAAAGGAGCGUAGUAAGGCGCACGACGUCGUCGCGACGUUCUACGUGAAAUAUAUCCUUACGUGUAAUAAACUCGAGCGAUGUUACGAUCAAGUGAUACAGCCUCAGAAGCGCCUACUGCUCAAGAGAUUGUUAAACGCCACUCUGGGCAGAGUGUUGGAGUUGAAGCAUCAAUUAGUCAACAUCGAUCUCUCGGAGCACAGCUACUACGACGACGUGCUGAUCGAGUGCGGCGUCACGCCGCAGGAGGCCGAGAUCCGCGUACCGAGGUACUACAGACGCGAUCGAAUCGCCGAGAUCGAAGCGAGACGGAGAUUCAUAGAGGACACGCUCCGUAAUCUGGGCGCGUUUCACGAGAUCGCCCUGCCCAUAAAGAUUACAGAGUCUCAGGCUGUACGACUUAUUCAGGCUCACGAACGAGCGAGACAAGGUAGACUGCGGUACCAAUUUAUGAAAGAAGUUGGCGAAAUGAAGGAAAGAUCGACUACCAAGCCAGAAGUGCAGGAAAAGGAUGAAGAGAGCGAGAAGCUCGCGGCACUGAAAAUUCAAAAAGUAUGGAAAGGAUAUAUCACUAGAUGUUACAUUCGCAAGAGGCGUCUCGAGGAAAUGUUACUUAUAGGAAUGCUACAGCCUAGUCAAGUGGUGACUGAGAGCGCCAGGCAAGCGGAGAGACUGAAACAGCAGAGGUACGAAAAGCAGGUGGAUUUUCAACGGCAAUACGAAAACUUGAUUCUAGAGGCCACGGAGAGAAUUCGCAAGAAGAGAAGCGCUAUUAUGGAAGAAAACAUAAGGAGUGAGAUUCGAAGUUGGAUCGACACUUAUUUUCAACAAACUGGAAAGAUACCUGACUUACCAUCUGUCGAAAGCGGAGGUUCGCGUAUCAUUUUCAGCAGGCAGGGUACCGAAAGUACCGUAAGUAAGUCCACGGCGGUAUCGUCCAAGGAGUCAAAAAAAUCGAAACGUUCAAAAUCGAAGAAAGACAGCGAAACGGAGCAGUCAGAGGACGAGACGGAUUUAGGAUUCAAACCUGUCCCCUCUAACUUUCUGCCGGAAUUGAUUCACGCGAAUCAAGAGUAUCAGGAUGUUUGGAAGGACAAGGACGAAUCAGCGAACCCGAUGCAAUUGCCAUAUCGCGAUAUAAUAGAAGCGGAAAAGACAAGGGAAAUCGAAGACCAGGUCAGAGUAGUCGUGGAUCAGGCGAUGAGAGGUGACAUAGAGGCUCUUCAGCUUGCGUUAGAUAGAGACAAAGGUUUCAAAGGAAAACGCGCCAAGAAACCUCAAAAAAGGGUUCGCAGAAGCGGAAAGAAGAAUAAGAGAAAGAAGGAGAAAGAUCUAACACCCGACAGAACGACCGAGUCCCUUUUCGAAGAGCUCCUCACACAAGGAAUUAUUAAGCUUCAUCAUCAAGUUUCACUAAACGAGUUUAAAGGUGAAAAGUCCUUCGCGAACCACGAUCUUCGUAUGAAGGAGAAAGAUCCGCUCCCAACACUCGGCGACAUAAGGCAACUGAUCGCCGAGUACUGUAUACUUCCGUUGGGUAAUGAAACUCUGAGAGAACUCACACCUCUCGUGAGAUCAGUUCUGAUAGCCGGUCCACAUGGCAGCGGCAAAAAGCUCUUGGUGAACGCGAUCUGUACGGAACUUGGAGCUACGCUCUUUGAUAUUACGCCGGCGAAUAUUGCUGGCAAGUAUCCCGGCAAGUCGGGUUUGAUUAUGCUCGUUCAUCUGAUCUCAAAGGUAUCGCGAUUACUGCAGCCGUCAGUGAUCUUCAUGGACGACGCGGAAAAGCCGUUUGUGAAGAAAGUAGCAAAAACGGAUAAGACCGAUCCGAAACGUUUGAGAAAAGAUUUACCAAAACUGGUAAAGAAUAUCACGAGUGAAGACAGAGUUUUGUUUAUCGGAACAUCUAAUAAGCCUUGGGAUGGCGAUCCAAAACUCUUGUAUCAAACUUACGACAAAGUCAUAUACAUUCCUAGACCGGAUUAUGGCACUGUAUCUUUCAUAUGGAAAGAUUUGUUAUACAAAUAUUCGGGUAUUAGUCGACAAUUUGACACGUCGGCCGUAGCCAAAGCGUGCGAUGGUUUCACAAUAGGAACUAUUUUAGCAGCAAUCAAUGAGAUAAUGACUACAAAGCGUAUGGUACAAUUACGAGCUCAUCCUUUAACGCACGCGGAAUUGGUGAAUGCGUUGAGUUUCAAGGAUCCAGUAUAUCGCGAAGAGGAAGAUGCGUUUCUAGCUUGGUUUUCCAAAACACCAACGUGUCGACGGAAACAAAGAACUUUGGAAUUGGAACUAGAAAAAUUGAACGAAGCAAACGAGUCGCAGAAAAAGAAAAAAGGAGGGAAAUAGUGGAUAUAAUAAAGCUCUCCUAUCAUUACGAGAUAUAUGUUAACAAAACUAUAUUUUAUACGAUACAUUAUCGAUGGUCCUAAAAAGUAUCCAUCAUACAACCGUAAUAAAAGUCACUGAGACAGAGAAAUAAAACAUUUUAAUAUGCUUUUGUUUGUUUCGAAUCUUGUUUAUAUAACUUGCAGAUUUUCUGCUGUCCAAAAUAGCAAAAUUAAUACUUUAUAUGAAGCAAUAUUGCUCUUACAUAUUAUAACUAUUCUAACUUUUUCUCAAAGAUGAGAAUCAAUCAUUAAAAGAACAACCAAAUUAAUAGACGAACGAAGACAUUAUUCGACGUAUUAAUUAAUCAAAGUAAAAAUUCAUUGAAAUUAGACAAAAUCAUUUAUUUCUAAUUUUU